AUGCAGGUCCAUUAUGUAUCGCCACGUUUUGCUUGUAUGUUCCUUCUAGCCAAUCCCGUCUUCUCGCGAAGUUUUUUGAUGGGUGGGGAUGGUAGAAUGAUUGAGGUGGGCGGGGGAGGAGAGGGCGCGGCUCGGGAAGCAAUCCUUAAGAGACAAAACAACAACAAUAAUAAUGGGGCGACGGUUCAGGUCACCGAUAUAAUACCUCAGGCAAACCAAGUGUAAGAGACACUUUCCUUCAAGCUUCAACUCCCAUAAUACCUUGGGUGGAACGCGGAUACCCGCUCAGUGGAAAUUUCGAAUAUGACCAUAUACUAACUGAUCCCAAGAAACGCGAAUAACAACGGUGGGAACGGCAAUCAACAACUUCCCAGUUUGAUCGUAACAUCGAUUACUCCAAAUGGUGGUGGCGCGUAAGUCCUUUCUCGCCCUUGUAUGCCCCUUUCUUCCCUGCAUGUUAUUCGAAUACAUUUUACGGCCAGAUUCUCUGUUAAAAAGGCACCACUGACUUGAUUCGUAGCCCAACUUUGAUGAUUACUAGCGUUGGUGGACCUAGCGUCAAUGGAAAUCAACAAAGCGUCUACACGGCUACCAUCUAUCCUAAUGGACAGACUCAGAUCAGGUGGGUAAACCUUUGAUCUGUACACUUGAUUUGUGACAAGCCUUUGGCUUCAAUCCCCCCAACAAAUCAAAAUUGAAAUCGAUACCUUCGCUCCAUGAAAUUCCAUUCGGUAGUUUAUUAUCUCGGCAUUUGAUCUAAUCUUUCUUUAGCGGCAACGUAAAUGUCAACACCCAGACAUCAGGCAACGGAGGUGGAAACACCGGAGGCAUCGGCAACGGAAAUGGAAAUGGAAAUGGAAAUGGCGGCGGCGCUCCACCUACCAACAACGGUUGCACAGCCGAAGAAAACCGUCUGGGACAGGGCAUCCAGAGUAACAUCGCCAUUCAAAUGAUGGAACUCGAAAAGGUCAACGCCAUCGGCGAAACUCUGAAUGCAAAUCCCGUCGACGGAAACAAAUACCUCCAGGAGCAACGCUCGCUCUUGGAAACCGUCCAACAAGGAGUUACCAUCCGCGAGCAGAACCAAGCCAUCGCCGGUCCCAUCAACAGUCCCGCAAGCGAGGGACUUGCGAAAGUGGCUAAUGCGCAGAAGGAGGAAUUGCAGUUAACCCAGAAUUUGGCGCUGCAGAAUAGCACUGGUCCUGCGAAGAUGAUUGUUACGACCCUCCAGGCUGACUUCAGGGGUGGUAUUGAGCAGAAUAUGAGGAAUCUGAUGGCUGUAUGUACUCCUUUGCCCCCUUGUCCCUCUCUCCUGGUCAUAUCUUAUAUACUGAUCUAAUUCUUGUUAGGCUACUCAAAAAUGCGCAGGUUCAUUCCCUACUAAUUCAACUUCUGGUGCUCAACCUGCAGCUAGCGGUGCGGGUGAAGGCCCCCGCCCGACGAGAAGGAGUGUUAGAAUGGUUUAA